GCGGAAAGCCGUGAUGGAUCACAUAUCGGACUCGUUCCUCGAGACCAACGUCCCGCUGCUGGUUCUCAUCGAAGCAGCCAAGAGCGGCAACGAGAAAGAAGUUAAAGAAUAUGCCCAAGUGUUCCGUGAACAUGCCAACAAGUUGGUGGAGGUUGCCAAUUUGGCUUGUUCCAUUUCCAACAAUGAAGAAGGUGUGAAAUUGGUCCGGAUGGCAGCAACCCAGAUUGAUAGCUUAUGCCCACAGGUGAUAAAUGCAGCUCUGACCUUGGCUGCCAGACCUCAGAGCAAAGUGGCCCAAGACAACAUGGAUGUCUUCAAAGACCAGUGGGAGAAGCAGGUGCGAGUCCUCACUGAGGCCGUGGAUGACAUCACCUCUGUGGAUGAUUUCCUGUCCGUCUCAGAAAAUCACAUCCUGGAGGAUGUCAACAAAUGUGUGAUUGCGCUACAGGAAGGUGACGUUGACACCUUGGACAGAACCGCCGGGGCGAUUCGAGGCCGUGCCGCCCGGGUGAUCCACAUCAUCAAUGCCGAGAUGGAGAAUUACGAAGCCGGGGUUUACACCGAGAAAGUGUUAGAAGCCACAAAGCUGCUUUCUGAGACAGUGAUGCCGCGUUUUGCUGAACAAGUGGAAGUCGCGAUUGAGGCCCUGAGUUCAAACGUCCCACAACCGUUUGAAGAGAAUGAAUUUAUUGACGCCUCUCGCUUGGUUUAUGAUGGUGUUCGGGACAUCAGGAAAGCUGUACUGAUGAUCAGGACUCCGGAAGAGCUAGAGGAUGAUUCUGAUUUCGAACAGGAAGAUUAUGAUGUUCGGAGCCGGACAAGCGUUCAGACUGAAGACGAUCAGCUGAUUGCUGGCCAGAGUGCAAGGGCCAUCAUGGCUCAGCUUCCUCAGGAAGAGAAGGCGAAGAUAGCUGAGCAGGUAGAAAUAUUCCAUCAAGAAAAGAGCAAGCUGGAUGCCGAGGUGGCCAAAUGGGAUGACAGCGGGAACGACAUCAUCGUCCUGGCCAAACAGAUGUGCAUGAUCAUGAUGGAGAUGACGGACUUCACUAGGGGUAAAGGGCCACUGAAGAAUACCUCUGAUGUCAUAAACGCUGCCAAGAAAAUUGCCGAAGCCGGCUCCAGAAUGGACAAACUGGCGCGGGCGGUGGCCGAUCAGUGUCCCGAUUCAGCCUGUAAGCAAGACCUGCUCGCCUAUCUUCAGCGCAUCGCCCUUUACUGUCACCAGCUCAAUAUCUGUAGCAAGGUCAAAGCAGAAGUCCAAAACCUUGGCGGAGAACUGAUUGUUUCCGGGCCUGGAGUUCAGAGCACUUUCACUACCUUUUAUGAGGUAGAGUGUGAUGUCAUAGAUGGGGGCAGGGCUAGUCAACUUUCUACCCACCUACCCACCUGUGGUGAAGGAGCAACGGUGGCAAACGGAAGUGGGGACUCUUCCAUGCUGGACAGCGCCACCUCCCUCAUCCAAGCUGCCAAAAACCUGAUGAACGCCGUGGUCCUCACCGUCAAGGCCUCCUACGUGGCUUCAACCAAAUAUCAGAAAGUCUACGGCACCGCUGCCGUCAACUCGCCGGUGGUCUCUUGGAAAAUGAAAGCCCCUGAAAAGAAACCACUGGUCAAGAGGGAAAAGCCGGAAGAAUAUCAGACGCGGGUGCGAAGAGGCUCUCAAAAGAAACACAUUUCACCCGUACAGGCUCUCAGUGAAUUUAAAGCGAUGGAUUCCUUCUAACUCGCUCCCGCUUCGCCACGAGGGGUUGUUUUUUUUUCUAUCGGCCUUCCAUGUUUUUGUAUGCGUACCUGCCGACUUGUAUGUGUCCGGCAUGGGGAGGAGGGGGUGUUUGGGCAGAACCAGGAUAACGAAGCAGUGUCGAUUUGCAUGCAACCGAGACUCAGUUAAGCCAUCGUGCAGUUUUCCUUCCCCCCAAAAAAGACAUAACGGCGUUCCUUACGUUGACUAGCGGCCUGUCUCACCGGCCUCUUUCCUAAAGUAGCAAAAAAAAAAAAAAGGCUUUAUUUUACUUUAUUUAUUUUUUAAAGGAGGCUUUUUUUAAGGAAAAAAAAAAAAGAUUGCAUUGUAAGAGCAGGAUAGGGAAGGAGAGACCAGGAUGGAAAAUGCGGGAUCCUCGGUGCUGUCCAAGCUUAGCUGUUUUGUUGCAGACGUUUCAUGAUCAAUCUAGACCAGUGGUUCUCAACCUUUUUAAUGCCACGACCCCCAACCGGUCGUAAGUCGAGGACUACUCAACCGGUCCUAAGUCGAGGACUACUCAACUG